AUGUCGAGCAAGUUUGUGAACGACAAGAAGAAAAAGCUGCUGGCUUUUAAGAGCACGACGAACGCAAAUGAUUCAAUGGCAAAGUCAUACCUGGAAAAGUUCAGCUGGGAUCUUAUGCGUGCUGUCGAUGAGUUCUACGCCAACGGCGGUCGAAGUAUCAAUCAGAAUUUGACAGUCUCUGUCGACGCAGUGAAUGCGUGGUUCGAUACUUAUAUUGAUCCCGACGAUGAUGAAGAUACAAUAAAUGAAGAGGGAAUUCUUAAGUUUUGCGAGGAUAUUGGCGUGGAUUCGCAAGACUUGGUGGUGUUGGUCAUUGCUUGGAAGAUGAAGGCAACCUAUAUGUGUGCAUUUACGCGCAAGGAGUGGCAAAGCGGAAUGCAGAAGAUGGGAUGCGACUCUGCCGCAAUUUUGAAGGCCAAAAUUCCACAGUUACGCGAAUCAAUCCAUAGCGAAACUGAGUUUAAAAAGUUUUACAGCUUCUGUUUCGGCUUUUCCAAAGAACCUGGUCAGAAAAGCCUUAGCAUAGACAUCGCUGUGGCCAUGUGGGAGCUUUUGUUGUCUACGCGUUUUGAAAAGCUUACGGCAAGCUGGUUAGCAUUUCUGGCUGAGAAAAAGCCCGUUAAAGGCGUGACACGUGACACAUGGGAUCUUCUCUUUGACUUCUUCUUGAAAGUACGCGUAUCUUACGACAAUUACGACGAGAACGAGGCCUGGCCUGUGCUCAUCGACGAUUAUAUGACUUGGGUUAAUAGAACGGAAUAG